GGGCGCGGCCGCGCGCAUUUUGUUGUAAAUGCGUAAAUGUGGAAAUGCAAAUCGAGGAGGAAGAGGAGGAGGAGGAGGAGGAGGAGGAGGAGGAAAGAGGGGAGGAGGAGGAUGACAAGGAGGAGGAGGAGCCCAAUCGCCGGUGGCGAGCCCGGCCUGGGAGGCCUCGAGAAGCUCCCUGUGCAAAAUCUGUCCCCUCCAGGUGCUGCAAAAGUGCUGGCCAGCAAGAGGUCUAUAAAAGUGCUGGCCAACAAAAACCGUAUUAUGUCCGCAGGCGGAGCUCACCUGCACGUCGGCCCAGCAAUCUGACACCGCGCCUGUGCCCAGGUGACGUACCGAGUGACCUGCCGAGGAGUCUCCGCUGCUGAACAAUCAGAGGUGAGGGCAAUGUGAAGUAUCAAGAGAGAGGAGGUGAGGACGAAGAACGACUAGCUCCUGAAUGGAUAGGGAACUUGCAGAGCCGACCGCUGGCGGACGUCACAUGCAAGUAUGUCAGCUCAGUCUCGCACUCACGGGCGCGAGCGACAAACCGACUGGCGUGCUGCCAAAUCUCCUCUGCUGAAGUUCAGCAGUGUGAGCGAGGAGCAUGCGGGGAGUAGAUCGAAGGAGGGGAGAGGAG